AUGAGUAUAGCUGCAUAUGCGUAUGAAGCUGACAGAGCUAAACGUUUAUAUUUUGGUCAAUACUCUCUCACACUUACUGACAAAUAUAUUGUUAUCAGUGAUGGAAAUACCGAGAAAUACAUAACAUGGAAGGACUAUGAAAAGUUUGACCCCAUUUUAACUCCAUGCACUAUGCCAUUCAUUGUAAAUGGUGAAGUUGUCAUGAAGAACGACACAACAGUAUAUAAGUCUGUUCAUGAAGCGUUAGAAUAUAUGUUGAAUUAUAAUCCCGAAAGAUUUGACCCAAGCACUACGCCAUGUACAAUGCCUUUUAUUAAGGAUGGUGAAAUCGUAAGAGUUCCGGAUUCAACGGUUUACACAGCUGUUCAAAACAGUUUACAAAACAUUUUAGCGAAUAUCUUUAAUUCAGAAACUACAGAAAUAAAAUUACCAUAUAUAACAGAUGCUAAAGAAAUUAAAUCAAAAACGACAACAUUAUUUACGUCACUUAAUGAUUUAAUGACUUAUAUCAUUAAUAUUCCUGCACCAACUAUAGCAUUUGAUCCAAACUCGACGGUUUGCAGUGUACCUUUCAUAAAUGACAGUUCAUUAAUUACUUUAAGGGAUUCGACAGUAAAUGAAUCAUUAAAGGCGUCAUUAAUGAAAAUCAUUGAUUUUAAUUCAUUCAUGAAUACAUAUAAUUCAUUCAUUAAUGUUUCAUAUGCUUCUAAAGAAGGUGAGCCAAAAACUAUCGAUAAAGCGGUGUAUGAAAUAAAAGCAUCAACGACGAAAUUGAAUUCGUUAACUUUUGACGGUGAUAGUUUCGUUAAUGACAUAACAUCGGGGAAAACAAUUUUAACGAAAGAAUAUUUAAAAUCUCAUGUUAGUGAGUUCGUUGAAAUUGAAAAAGAAGGUGGAAUUAAGUUCGAUCCACUGAAUUUCAUUUUCAGCUUAGCGAAUGCGGGUGUUAGUUUCGCUGAAUGGACAACUAUACAGAGUGAAAUAAAUGCAAUAUGGACGUUUUUGGGGUCAAAAGCGGGAAUGGGUGAGCUUGUAAAUGCUGCAAGAACAUUAGGUGAAACAGGAAAUUUUGUAGAUGGUUUUAAAAGACUUGUUUCAAAUGUUUUAACAAACACAAAGAAAUUAUUUAGAUAUACCGUACAUAACGGACGGAUUUUCGAACAGAUAGCAACAAACCCUCCGGUUAUGGCUGCGUUGAUGAUG